AAUAAAUUUAUCAGAAUGACCUAUGACCUUUUGACUUUCUAUCGUCUCCUCCCCUUUCCCAAUCUACGACAGUUCCCAAUUACACAUCCUAAAUCCAAACCAACCCCACACCCCCACCAAACUACCGAAGCGGAAGGGGGGGAAAAUCCACGCGACGACGACGCGGCGAAACGAAGGGAAGGGAAGCAGGAGCGAGACAAAUCCCCACCCGGCUCCAAACCCUAGCCACCUCCCCCGUCCUGUCCCCAGAUCUCGCUGCCGUCUGACCCGCCUCGCUUCGAUGUGACCCGGCCCUAGGGUUUGAGACGUGUUGCGGUAGGGGUGUUCUCAAGGAUUCACGACACGAGAGAGAUUCGGGGAGGCGUCGACGGUGCGAGCACACAUGAAGGACCCGGCGCACCGCACGAAGGUGGUGCUCCGGCGGCUGCCGCCGGCGAUCGCGCAGCAGGCCGUUGUGGACCAGGUCGACUUGCGCUUCGCUGGGCGGUACGACUGGGCGUGCUUCCGCCCCGGGAAUGCCAGCCAAAAGAACCAUAGACAUUCUCGACUUUACCUUAAUUUCAAGCGCCCCGAGGAUGUUGUUGAGUUCGCUGAGGUCUUCAAUGGGCACGUAUUUGUGAAUGAAAAGGGUGCUCAGUUUAAAGCUUUCGUGGAAUAUGCACCAUCACAACAGGUUCCCAAGUCAACUAUCAAGAAGGAUGGCCGUGAAGGAACUAUUAUGAAAGAUCCGGAGUACUUGGAGUUUCUUGAGUUUAUUUCAAAGCCUACUGAGCAUCUGCCUAGUGCUGAAAUUCAGCUCGAAAGGAAAGAAGCUGAAAGGGCAGCUGCUGGAAAGGAGGCACCUGUUGUGACACCUCUUAUGAUGUAUGUCCGCCAGCAAAGGGCAGCUAAGAGUAUGGUUCAUAGACCUGGAAGUAGACUUAGCAGAAAACUUGCAAGUGUCGUAAGCAGUUCCAGUCCUAAAAGGUCUUCUGAGAAGCGCAGAUCCUCCACGUAUGUUGUACGAGACAACACUAAGGAGAAACCAACCUAUAUCAUGGUGCCAAAGAGAGAGGAGCAUACACAAAGGGAAAAAGAUGUUGCUGGAAAUUCAGGCGGUAUGCUUGUACCAAAUCAUGAAAUUGCCAAUAAUGCCACAAGUGGGGGAACAUCUGGAUCUGGUCAGGUUGCUGAGUUUAAAAGGGAUAAAAUUGUCAUAUUGAAAGGAAGAGGAAGGAUUGAUUCUAAUACACCUAAUGGAGCAACUCAGCACUCAUCAACCCCUAUCAAGAAUGUGCCACCAUCGCGUUCUAGACAAGACCAGCGACUUGAAGCCAGUGGAAAAAUUAUUAAGACUAUACUAUCAAACAAGGAAGCCCGCAGUUCAAAUCCUUCUGAACAUGAGCAGGAAGGUCACAUGUUUAAUACUGAGAAGGAUAAGCGGCCACCACGGGCUUUCAACCCUCGUACCAUUGUGAAAGAUCAGGUAGUUGAAAAUGCUGAGAGGAGCCAUUUUGAUGAGAAGGCUAAUCAUCUCCAUGGCUCCGUUCCCAUUGGUGAGAAGGUUGAAAGGCAUGCUAGAAACAGAGAUAGACCCGAUCGUGGUGUAUGGGCAGCUCGCCGCUAUGACAAAUCUACAUCUGCAGGUAGUUCACAUCCUUCGUCGUCAGAGUUCCCUCAAAUGCAGUCACAUUCUGGAGAUAAUAUUUUGCAACUAGCAGAUGGUCAUGGAGACAGAAAGACAGACACAAGGGGUCAAGGUGGUAGCCGUGGUGUUCCUGUUGAAAAUGGACAUAGGCACGCCAACCGUCGUGGCCUUCCACGUGGACCAAAGGAAACUGAAAUAUCUGCAAGUGUGCCUGAUGCGAAGAAUUCAAAGAGGGGCUCUGCUAGCUAUGGUGCUCAUGAGAGACAAGUAUGGGUUCAGAAGUCAAGUUCAGGCUCGUGAGUUUGUUCAUUGAUGAUACUCCCAUCGAAACAGGUAUUGCCAGUCGUGGUGAAGUCUUGGAUUCUGCAGUGCAUUCUUCUUUGUUAGCUGUUGAUCCUGUGAAGUAUGUUAACAAAAUGUCCAACGGUCAAAUGCUGCUAUGAAGUGCAACCUCAGAUUUGUCAAUCGAGGUCUUGCUGCUAUAGCUGAAAAGAGAGCUUGCUGAUUUGAUUCACAGAAAUAGUGAAGUAACAUAACCCGGCAUGUAGGUAGCUCUCGACCACUUUUGGGCAAGAUUUGAUUCGGUCCCAAGGUUGAUAUUUCUGGAGCAAUGGGUGGAGAUUAGUUUGGCACCAGUACCUCACUACCUCGUGACAGUGGUCACAUAUUUCCAAGACCCCUGGAGGCUACACGCACCCUCGUCAGAGAUGGAUGUAAAUAUCUCUAGAGAAAGAAGAGGUCUGGUUCUGAUUGCUGUUUACAGGUUAGAGGUGCAGCGUAUUUACAAAGAGAUAUAAGAGUUAUCACUUAUCAUCAGACUGCUUGGUUUGCUAAAUAAAGGUGAAUUUAGUUACUAGAUUAUGAGACCCCGUGUUUUGACUGCCGCAAUCGUGGUUCGCGGCAGCAGAAAGGUUACCUAGAGUCUAAAAGUGGCAUCUCAUUUUGGUAUUAUGGUUCUGACCAAAUGGGAUAUGAUGUGACUUGUGCGGUUGUUUUGGACGCCUGGUGUGUUUUGCUACCAUGUUCCACCAGACGACCCGGGGGUUCUGUAGUGUCAGGGAUGGAUGAUGUGUUUGGUGUACAGCAUCACUGGUGCUUACUGUUUUAAAUCUUAAAAGUGAUGUUGCCUUGCCUUAA